AUCUCAAGGCUUUUAGUAUUGAAUAUUCGCGCUCUCGUAUAGAUCGCAGAAAAGCAAGACGUCAGCGGCCGGCCGAUAAUACAGGGCACGGUAAACGCGCGCCAGAUCUUUGGUGCCGGUGUUCUACCACUUUCAGCGUUUGUGUUGUGGUUUCACAUAACGCGUUUGUGUAAAACAAGAAUCCCGUAAUUAUCUGCGUAGUUAUUGUCAAAAUGAGAUAGAGGAUUUCGAGGUGCGCUUUUCGUUUGUCGGGAUAAAGUGUUUUCGUGUUUGGAACCGGUAUGAAAGUCUGGUUGUCGUUUUGAGGUUAAGCAGAUUUCCCCAUUGAUUCUUUCGUGAUUUUCGUUUUAAGUGGGAGCGUCGUUAUGGCCGACGAAAAGAAGGAGUACAAAGACUCGCUGAAAGUGCAAGCGGAGGAGCUCGUGCUCAAGGGGUUUCCGGAGACGAUCGUCAAGCUGAACGGUAUAUUAGAAACGUCCAGUUUUAAGAACCGGAAUUUCGCCGACGUCCAUCAGGAUUUGAACAUUCCAAUUCCGGAUCCGAUUAUACUCAACAGCCAUGUGGAUCUGCCACCGGCUAAGAAGACUAAAUACGACAAUAGUAUAUCUCGGGAGGGCACUAACGUCAUGGUGCUGCCCGGCGGCUCGGUACCGAGUAACAAAAACCUGGUCGAGCUCGUCGAAUCUGUCAAACCCCAUAUCCGUAAACUCGUUGAAGAUUCGAAUCUGAUGAAGAUGUGGAUCUCCUUUAUGAUACCGAAAAUCGAGGACGGCAACAAUUUUGGCGUCUCGAUCCAGGAAGACACCCUGGCCGAGGUUCAGUCCGUCGAGUCGGAGGCGGCUGCCUUCUUCGACCAAAUUUCGAGAUAUUUCAUAUCGAGAGGGAAACUGAUUUCCAAGGUGGCCAAGUAUCCGCACAUUGACGACUACCGCAGAGCGGUGCAGGAGUUGGACGAGAAGGAGUACUUGAGCCUGUGGCUGGUGAUGUCCGAGAUACGCAACAGGUACUGCGCUCUGCACGACAUAGUGUUGAAAAAUAUAGAUAAAAUUAAAAAGCCGCGUUCGUCGAACGCGACCGAAUCUUUGUAUUGACGUGAUUAAUUCAAUUUUGUUCUAAUAAAUUAA